AUGAACACCAUAAAGUCCAGAACUGAAGACCAUUUGCACUUUAUUGCUUCACAUAGAUCGGAUCUCCGUGAAAUUGAUCCUACUCACGCUGCUGACGAUGUGGAGUUGUUAGCCCAGAUCGGGUAUAAGCAAGAGCUCAGAAGACACUAUUCCACGCUCCAGGUGUUCGGUAUCGCCUAUUCCAUCAUGGGUUUGUUGCCUUCUAUUUGUUCUACAAUUGCCUCUGGAUUGGAGUGUGGUGCUGGUGGCUUUGUAUGGGCGUGGCUCAUUGGUGGGGUCUUUAUCUUGAGUAUCGGUUUCUCGAUGACGAUGUUGGGUUCCGCUAUUCCAACUUCGGGGGGUUUGUAUUACUACACCAACUAUUACGCACCUGAUGGCUUGCGGGUUCCACUUUCUUUCUUGGUCGGAUGUGCCAACUCUCUUGGUUUGAUUGGAGGGAUGUGUUCCAUUUGCUACGGUUUCGCAGUCGAGAUCCUUUCAGCUGUAUACAUCAAUCUGGAUGGAGCCUUUGAAAUCACCAACGGUAAGUGCUACGGGAUUUUUGCUGCCUGUAUCAUUUCCAACGUCAUCCUCUGUUGCUUGACCACUAAACAUCAAGCUUAUUUUCAGACCAUUUCCAUUGCAUGGAACAGUUUCAUCAUUGUUUUGUUCUUCAUCGCUGUGCCAAUAGGAGCCAGAACUCAUGGGUUCAACGACGGUUCGUACAUUUUUGGCGACUUCACCAACAUCAGAGACUGGACCACCGGCUGGUCAUUCAUGCUCUCAAUGAUGCCUGUUAUCUGGACCAUUGGUGCUUUUGACUCGGUUAUCCACUGUUCGGAAGAAGCCAAACAUGCCCAAAGAGCUAUUCCUUACGGGAUCUUGGGUUCUAUUUCCGUGUGCUGGAUUGUCGGCUGGUUCAUCUGUAUUGUCUGUGUUGCUUGCAUCAAGAACGGAGACACUGCUGCUGUGCUUGAAUCGGAAACUGGUAACCCUAUGGCCCAGAUCAUCUUCGAUGCCUUGGGAAAGCAGUGGGCUGUUGCUUUCAUGGCUAUGAUUGCUAUCGGACAGUACUUGAUGAGUGUAUCCAUUGCAAUUGCUUCUUCCAGACAGAUAUGGGCUUUCGCCAGAGAUGACGGUUUGCCAGUGAUCUACAAAUUCGUCAAGUAUGUUGACCCAAGAGUCAAGGUACCUGUCAGAGCUACUAUUUUUGCUGGUAUCGUAGCCUUAUUGUUAGGAUUAUUGGUUUUGAUCAACGGUGCUGCUGGUUCAGGUGCGUUGUUCUCAUUGGCUGUCGCUUCCAAUCUUUUGGCCUGGGGUACACCUGUUUUGUUGGUCUUGUUGCCAACUGGAAAGGCUAGAUUCGUUCCUGGCCACUUCCACUUGGGUAAGCAUCUUUCCACCGCUAUUAACAUCGUUACAGUCUUAUGGAUUGUUUUCGUCAUCACCAUGGCUAUGUUCCCAGACAGCAAAGUUGUUGACAAGGAUACUAUGAACUACACCGUUGUCAUCAACAUGGGUGUGUGGCUCUUGUCGUUAUUCUACUACUUCGUGUAUGGCUACAAGGUGUAUACCGGCCCCAAGUCUAAUCUCGACGUCAUCGACGCCGACAGCAGCAACCCUUCGCUUCAAAACAUGGACGCCGUAUUGGGCGAAAAGGCUUAG